AGCCGGGCUGCAGCGGAGCGCGCGGGGCCAGCUCUGCAGAAGGCGGCGGCUGGCUGGCCGGGACGGUCACAUCCCGCCGCAGGGGGCCAGCUUCGGCCGCCGCACUGUCCUCUGCACCGGGGACGCAGGCCAGCUGCCAGACCUCGCCGGCAACGCCCCCUGCUCCGAGACAGACUGCGCGCGGCCCUUGGGAACACUGGGGGCCCCGCAGACCCGCGGCCCGCGGCCACUCCGCCUCUGCCCUCUCUGCCCGCAGCUCGGCCGGCGCUGCCCGCCCGGGCGGGCCCGCGUCGGGAUGGGGUAGGGCCAGCGCCAGUCCGGCGAUGGGCCGCCCCCUGGGCACCGAACAGCCCCCCGAGGCCUGAGCGACCACGAGGACCCGGGAGGAUCCCCGCCUGGAUGUCAAGCGGAUGCCUCCGGGCCCCCCGGCGAACUCGGUGGAAACCAUGGCUUCUUUGAUGCCUCUUUCCCCAUAUCUGAGUCCCACGGUCCUCCUGCUGGUCAGCUGUGACCUGGGCUUUGUGCGAGCAGACCGACCUCCCUCUCCUGUGAAUGUGACGGUCACUCACCUCAGAGCCAACUCGGCCACUGUGUCCUGGGACGUCCCAGAAGGCAACAUCGUCAUUGGCUACUCCAUUUCCCAGCAACGACAGAAUGGCCCUGGGCAGCGUGUCAUCAGAGAGGUGAACACCACCACCAGGGCCUGCGCUCUCUGGGGCCUGGCUGAAGACAGUGACUACACGGUGCAGGUCAGGAGCAUCGGUCUCCGGGGAGAGAGUCCCCCUGGGCCCCGUGUGCACUUCCGUACUCUCAAGGGGUCUGACAGGUUGCCCUCCAACAGCUCCAGCCCAGGUGACAUUACAGUGGAGGGUCUGGAUGGAGAGCGGCCGUUGCAGACAGGGGAAGUGGUCAUCAUUGUGGUGGUGUUGCUCAUGUGGGCUGCUGUAAUUGGGCUAUUCUGCCGCCAGUAUGACAUCAUCAAGGACAAUGACUCCAACAACAACCCCAAGGAGAAGGGGAAGGGUCCUGAACAGAGUCCUCAGGGAAGGCCAGUGGGGACAAGACAGAAAAAGUCUCCAUCCAUCAACACCAUCGAUGUCUGAGUGAACUGAGUGAAUGAAGAACCAGAACCAGAAGAGAGAUGCUCUAAUGAUGUGGGGGCGGGUGGGGUCAGGGAAAGCCUAAGCGGAUGAUCUGCUUGAGGCUCCCACAAGGCGAUGCACUCCCAGAAUCCCAGGCUGGUAGCCAUCCUCUUUCCACUGUGAGCAGGGCCAGAAGGUAGGUCUGUUAGAAUCUGCACCCCUGGACCUGGGAGUGGAUAUCAAAUGGAACACCUCCUAUCCCCCAGGUCCAGGGGAGACUCAUUUAUUCAAUCCUAUCCCACUGGGUCCCAAAUAGGGGCCCCAUCUCACGUGCAUCAGGACUCUUGGCAUCCACUAGCUGCCCCUACAGCUUGCCUCUGGGCUUCAGAGAGGGAUGUUUCUGUCUGUAUUGCCCUCCUGGGGUGUAAGAGGAGCCAUCUGGGCCUAGAGGCAGAUGCCACACUGCACUAUUCCAAUGUCUUCCACGGAGCCCCAGGUGCUCCCCCUCACCUGGCAGCCCCUUCAGCUGCUGGCGAUCUCACCCCUGGGACAUUUUUUCCAAUAAAGGUUCUUGGACAAACCGGAA